AUGGACUCAACAUAUACAGAUCUUGCUAAUAGAGCAUUAAAAUUAUUAGAAUCUUCAAAUAAAUAUAGAAUAUUAAUUUUACUUAUUGGUGCACCCGGUUCAGGCAAAUCAACAAUAGCACAAAGAGUUGUUGAUAUUUUAAAUCAAAAACAUUUAGAACAUAAUCAACAAAGUAAAACCAAGAUAAAAACUGAAUAUAAAUCAAAAGUUAAUGAUCAUUUAAACAAUUAUGAUGAACAUGCACAUAUAGAUAUUGAAGAUUCAGAAUAUAUACCGACAAAACAAAUUUCCCAGCAAGGUGAUUUAAUAAUAAGAGGUCGUGGUGGUGAUGAUACAGCUAUCAAGAUAUCUCAUAAUCAUUCUGAAAAAGAUUUAAAUUCAUUUGCACAAGUUGUUCCAAUGGAUGGAUUUCAUUUACCAAGAAAUAUAUUACAUAAAUUUAAAGAUCCUGGGAAUGCAAUAGCAAGACGUGGUUCACCAUUUACAUUUGAUUCAUCAUUAGUUGUUCAAUUAGUGGAGAAUAUAAAUGAAACUUUAGAUAUCCCAUCUGAUGGUAUAAAUCCUUUAGAUAUUGCAGAUUCAAAUAUACCAAAUAUUCAUAUUCCAAGUUUUGAUCAUUCAGAACAUGAUCCAAAACCUUUUGGAACAACAAUAAAUUCAAAUUCAAGAGUCUUGAUAUUAGAAGGAUUAUAUUUAUUGCUUAAUGAACCAGUAUGGAAUAAGAUAUCAAGAACAUUAAAUCCAAAUAUUAAAUAUGAACCAAUUGAUCCAAAUCAAUUAAAACCAACAAAUCCUGAAAUUUCAAUUCAAAAUAAUUUAAAAUCAAUACCUAUUCCACAAAAUAAAAAUCAUGAAUUUUGGAAAAUAAUAAUAGAUGAUAAUACAAUGCUUUAUAGAGUUGGUAAAAGACAUUUAAAUUCUGGAAUUGUUAAAACUUUAAAAGAAGGUGAAGAUCGUGUUAAAUUAAAUGAUUUACCAAAUGGGAAAUUAGUUUAUAAAGAAAGUUUUAAAAGUGAUUUAAAUAUUGUUAGUAUUGAUGAUAUUAAUGAAAGUACACCACAAUGA